GGGGCACUGGGGGGGGGGCCCCCCGGGUGGGAUGCUCCGCGCAACCCCCCGCGCCCGCGUUAAAUGAGCCCGGAGAGCAAAGCGGAGAAGCAAAGCCCAAGCGCCGGCGGUGGGGCCCCAGGAACACUCUUGCUGCAGACGCCCAAGGAUCGCCACGCCAUGACUCUGGCUGCUUACAAAGAGAAGAUGAAGGAGCUGCCUCUCGUCUCCCUCUUUUGCUCCUGUUUCCUCUCGGACCCCCUGAACAAGCCGGCGUACACGUAUGAAGCAGACACGGUAGACCUCACCUGGUGCGUCAUCUCUGACAUGGAAGUCAUCGAGCUCAACAAGCGCACCUCGGGGCAGUCCUUCGAGGUCAUCUUGAAGCCCCCAUCGUUCGACGGCAUCCCGGAGUUCAACGCCUCCCUGCCCCGGCGGCGCGACCCGUCCCUGGAGGAGAUCCAGAAGAAGCUGGAGGCGGCGGAGGAGAGGAGGAAGUACCAAGAGGCCGAGCUGCUGAAGCAUCUGGCGGAGAAGCGGGAGCACGAGCGGGAGGUCAUCCAGAAGGCCAUCGAGGAGAACAACAACUUCAUCAAAAUGGCCAAAGAGAAGCUGGCGCAGAAGAUGGAGUCCAACAAGGAGAACCGCGAAGCCCAUUUAGCAGCCAUGCUGGAGCGCUUGCAGGAGAAGGACAAACACGCGGAAGAAGUGAGGAAAAACAAGGAGCUCAAGGAAGAAGCCUCCAGGUAAAGAGGCGAUGGUUGGACUGACAGCUCCGGGGAGGUGGCGGAGGCUGCCGCAGCGCAAGGUCGGAUGGUGGAAGGGUGGACGUUUCCUCUGCUUUCUUUGUUCGUGAAUGUAAAGAGUUGACCGGUGAAGCCAUCCUAUUCGUUUCGGGGAGGGUGGGGAGGGAGGAGAAAGGAGGGAGGGUGGGCGGGAGGGUGCCGGCUUCGGGAUGCCCACCUCCUUGGUGGGUCUCGCGCGCCGCCCGUCAACCAGGUCCGGAGGAGACAGCCGAGGGCUGGUGAAGCGGAGGAGGUGGCCCCCCCGGGGAAAAGCCGGAGGGGGGCACAGAGCGGGUGGGGAGGGAAGGGACGGGAGCGGGGGGGAAUGUGCGUUGUGUGUGACUUUAAUUUGGUGCUGGGCAGGCAGGGCGGGCAGGCGGGCGUCCCUCUGACUUCUUUCUUCUCCUCCAUCCCACCCCGUCAAUGGGCAGCGGCAUCUCUUGGUGUCCCUCCCUCCCGUUUUCCUGCCUGGACUCAGGGCCUCUUGCCCGGAGCGGGCGUUAUUUGCCCAUAGACCUUAUAGAACCUUUCUGGGAAAGGGGGAGAAGAGAUCCCCCCAUUGGAGGUGGUCAGAGAGUGAGGCUCGCUUGCUCCAAAGGCUUUAUCUGGCUGUAGGAGACACUGAUGAGCCUUUCCAAGGGUGAAAUGGAAAAGCCCCGUGACUUCCCAAAGAGCCGCUUUUUUUGUAAGAACCUCCUGAGAAUCACCUUUGUGGGAAUUCUUGGAUGGAAUCCCUUUUUCUGCUGUAGAGCAGCUGGAAAGCCAUUGGCUUUUAGAGGUGGCAGCUCAGAUGGCUAUUUGGAAAGGGAGAUCACCCCCAUGGAGAGCGAGAGCAGGAGAGGAAAACAGGGCAGGGCUGUGGAAACUGUGAUGGAAGGGACUGGGAAAAACAAGAAGGAAAGAGGAACUGGGGGAGCUGAGGCUGGAGAGCCAGAAGUGGGAUGGAGGUGCCUCUCUGGAGAGCAGCAGAAGACAACGGCCAUAGACAGCCCCUGGGGACAGCAGUGGCACCUCCUGGGGACAGCAGGGCAGGAGGAAGGCCAGUCUGGGAUCCCACCAACAGCUCACGACCAGCCCAGGAGGUGUUUUGUGGGAGCUGCUGAGCAAUCUCCUGGGUGAUUUUUGCCUCCGUGGAAGGUGAGUGAAGCAGAGAGCUUGCAGUGAGAUCCUUCCCCACCGGAGGAGAACAAGAGUCUGCUUUCUGCGGAGGGGUGGGGGGUGGGUAUGUCCCCUCCUCUCCCAGUUGCCAGCAGGCAGUGGUCCCAGUGCUGCGAUGCCCCGGCACCUCAUCAGCCUCCAACCCUGAUGCUAACAGAGGGUUUGGUCUCCAUUAUGGUCAGAUAAGGCUUUCCAAGCUCUGAUUCAGGUCCGGAGGGAACCAUGUCUCUUUACCUGUGCCGCGAGAUGCUCGCCCGGAGCCCUGGGGGGGGAAACAGCCCGGGGAGGGGAGCAUGGGAGAGGGCGGUGGGCGAAGGAGAUGGAGGGGGCUGUUCUAGCUGUGGCACGAGCUGUCCUUUUUUUGUAUACAACAGUUGUAAAUAAACUGCCUUGGCAUUUCUUUCGUUUUCUCAUGA